AUGAAUGUAAAAAAACUAUUUUACAAAUAUCUUAGUUUUCACAGUUUUUUAAUUAAUAAAAAUAAUUAUAGUAAUAUCAAAUUAAAUAAUUUAUCAAGAGGUAAGAAUAUAAUGAGUCAUAUCAAACCCAACUAUUUUAUAUGUAUCCCUUUAAAUGAUAACAAAAUAAUAUUGAAUGAAUUAUUGAACAUACAAAAAUUUGUUAUUUCAAAAUGUGAUAUAUUAAAUGAAUGUGUAAUUGAAAAAGAAAAAUUCCAUAUUUCUUUACUAAUUUUAUAUAUUAAAAAUAAGACACAAAUAGAUUUAUCCAAAGAAGCCUUUAACGAAGCAAUAACUGAAAUUAAAAAGAUUAAUAAAAAAAAUUUAUAUUUCAAAGAUUUAAAUACAUUUCACAAUGAUGUUUUAUAUUUAAGCUUGAAGGAAGAAAGUAAUGAUUAUAUCAUAUCGUUAGCAAAUAUUUUUAAAAAAUGCUUUGAAAAAAGAAAUAUAAAAAUAAUCUACAAUAAUAGAAAACAUGUGAAUACUCAGAAAAAAGACCAAAAUAAUAAUAAAAAUAAAAAUGAAGAAACAGAUGAUUGUAAAAAUAAAAUAACUCCUCAUUUAACUUUAAUGAAAAAUUCUCAUUUGGCUAGAAUUUACAUGAACAGAAAGCCAAAAAUAUUUCCAGAUUAUUACUCAGAUUUCAACUUAACAAAAUUAUUGAAUGAACAUAUUACCCCAAAUAAAAUACAACUUCUCGAAAUGGACAUCAAUCCAGUAACAUCUUAUUAUAAAAUAAUAUCUGAAUUUACAUUUUCUUAA